AUGGGUCUCCCCCCACACGUACACUGCGAAUCACGAACCUCUGAGUUGGCGAAAGACCAAAAAUUCAACCCUAGUUUACGGUAUAGAGAUGAUGUGAAGCUGGAUGAUGUGGAGGUUAGCAGUUAUGAUAAGGAAUGGACGUACGUAGCGUGUAACGAGGACCGUCUUUAUCUAUACUGCGACUGGCUGGCACCGCAUGUAGACUAUAUAGUGAUUGCAGUCGAUGGGGCGUAUGAGGGGAAUGGUAUGACUGGAGCUAGGGCAGCGGCCGGAGUGUUCGUCGGCAAAACAUCCCAGUAUAACAAGAGCGUUCUCUUAGCCGAGCCGAACGCAACAAACCAGGUUGCAGAGUUACGGGCUAGGAUCCUUGCGCUUCGCCAGGUGAUAGAUAUACAGAGCCAGUGUUUUAGAGAGGAACAGCUUCGGAUGGUUAUCAUUAAAUCCGAUUCGGAGUAUUUGGUCAAGGGGAUAACUAAGCGGGUAUUUAAGUAG